GAUUCACAGUCCUGAAUGACGCACAUAAAAAGAUGUAUGCAUCUGAUGGGUGUUUAUUCAGCGUGCAUUGUUUCUACGCAUGCAGGACUGUGAAUUCGACUGAGAGAAGAGAGAGAGAUAUGUUGUCGUAGAGUUGAAAUCCACGAGCUCGAGAGAGCUUGUAUCGGCAUUGAUCUCAGACCUGUCUCAUAGUAAAAGUCUGGUGCAUUGUUACUGGAGAUCGCAAAGCCUUGACAUGUUUUGAAAGGAAUAUCAUUGCAUUCGAUGCUUUGGAGAUCGGAACUAAAGUCAGUUUCUGGGCUUUGGUUCGUUAGUGAAGCUUGAGGUGUCUGGGUUCAGAAGUUGGAAAUCGUCUUAGAUCUGAUCCACCUUGCUCAUUGUGACAUCCUGCAAGAAGCAAGGUAGAGUUCCGGCUUCCGUGAUUCGAGGAUUGCAGGUGGUCUCACAGUGUUUGAAGCAAGGUGAGCGGCCUGUGGUCGUUGCCAACGCACACAAUUCUCCAGUUUGUAACACUCAGGACAAUGCACUGCAUCAACGAACAGUGUCCAAGCCAAGAAGUUGAUAGGUCUCGUUGUUCUCGGGUCGUUUGUUGUCUGGAACGGCGUUUUCAAGGGUCAUUUGAGCGAAUCUGACGGUAACCGACAAGAUACCCCGACUACAUUCUCCUCACGGCAUCCCAGAAUUCUGUACACACAUCGCGAGAAUCCCAAGGUUCGGAUGCCGAGGCGCAGUUAGCGUGUGAGGGAAUCGAAUUCGGUGGUCAACUUCUUCCUCCUGCCUGAGUAUGUUCUAGGAGUUCAUGAACAUCAAUUAUCAAAGACCGAGUGAUUUUUUGUCUUACAAUUGCAAUCUGCUUGCAGCUACCAAUCCUGCUAUAGUUAGCACCCGUGAAAGGAAUCCUCAACAUUUGGGUUCCCUUUAAAGAGGUGUUCAGUACGAGUUGUUUGAAUGUGAUUCUUAUUACAUUUCCGUACUUCAUUUACCACUAAGAUCCAAUACUAGCAUUUGAGGGUAGCAGUACAUGUAAGGUAUAUUUUUUCCGAGUGGUAUGUAGUUAGCUUCUCUCUGCAUGGACGUAGUUCACAUGGCCUUGUGCCGCUCUCCGUGAUUGCAAGGCUCUCAGAUAUAGUGUCGCUUCCUUCUAUUCUAUCAUACUUCGACCUCUAAUGGCCCAGAAAGAAAGGUGGUAACAACUAUUAUAGCCGCCUUUGCCAGACAAGCAGCCACGCAAGGCAUUGUUGAUUACACUGCUUCUUUUGCAGACUAGCUUUUCUUACUUCGCACAUUCUUUUGUAGAUCCCCCGGGCGUGGAGGAAGCAAGCUUCCAUGCCUGUGUGAAGGUCUCUCUUUAAUUAGCAUAUCAUUUAAUCUCAGGUUUGUUGAAAAGGAUUCGUCAAGAUGGCAGUCACAGCUACUCCAGCUCUUUCAACAUUCUACGGCACCGAGGCUGCCAACAUUCUUCAACCGCUAACUUUCUCCGGAAACCACGGUCUGAUGGCAAACGAUGUCGUACCGUUGUCUCUUGGAUCUAUGUUGACAAUGGGUGGGACGUCACUGUACAAUUACGGUGACAAUGCAGCAUUCGCCUCACCUUGGGACUCAUAUUUCACAAGGGAUUCUAGUAUCUUCAACCUACCGAAUACUUUGUCUCCAUCACUCUCCUUCAGUGACUCAUCUGUGUACUCGACGGAGGAGUCGGAUCUGCUUCUGCUGAACAGCGAUUCCGACGAUUUCUUCCAGCAGAUCCAUGGAUGCAGUCCCAUCAGCGCAACCAGUUCUAUCAGUGCAUCAAGCUCUAUCAGCACAAUGCAUCCUAAUUUGGUGAACACUCUGAAGAAUAUGGUGGCGCCAGGAUCGGCGGGGUCCUCAGUAGCUCAAGGUGUUUCGAUUUUUGGCGAUGCCCAGGCACCUCUGCUUGAUCGUCAACUAUUGCCUCAGGUGCAAGUUGAGAACCAUCUGCAGGAUCGAUCGCAACUAGAUAGUAUUUACGGCUUUCGCAAUGCGCUACCGAGGCAAAGUCAGCAAUCGGUUGUCGUUCCCAAAGUGGAGCUUCAGGAUUUGCCAUCGUCUGUCGGGGUCGUGGUUUCUACCCCUGCGGACUCUAACCUCGACUCUGUCAAGGCAGUGGAGAAGUCAGAGUCCGAGGACAUCGAAGCAGCGGUGGUCUCCGUGGACUUGAUUCAGAACAGGCGCCCUUUCAAAUGCCAGCACGAAGGGUGCAACAAAACCUUCAAGAACCCGCAGACCAUGAAGAUGCACCACAAGACCCAUUACAGUGAUGGAAGCGCCGCAAGCAAGACUUGCACGUUGCCGACGCUGACUAGCUCUUUGAAAGCUGGCCAUAACAAGAAAAUCCCCUCCAGGUGCCCCAAAUGCAAGAAGACAUUCGUGGGACUCUAUGAACUCCGGCGCCACUUUGGCCGAAAGCACUCUGAAGGGGAGAAGCCCUUCGGAUGUCGCAAGUGCGGGAAGAAGUUCUACAUUGAGGUUGACGUGCGAGACCACGAGAAGCUGUGUGGUGAGCCGAUCGAGUGCAAAUGUGGCCUGAAGUUCGCCUUCAAGUGCAACUUGGUGGCUCACAAGAAGGCACAUCCUGCCUGCCAAGAUCAGCAACCAAAUUGCUCUAGUUCAACAACGUCCAACAACCAGUCUUCUUCCGACGAUUCAGAUCAUAGUCCUGGCAUUUCGCGAUACUCUCAAACAUCUGGAAUCAAGAGGGCAAGAGAGGAGUCUACGAGUCCUAUUCAAUCAAGUCUGCAUGUUCCAGUGCCGGAUUUCACCGGAAUUCCAGAUGCACCUCUUUUCAAGACGGCACGCCAUGCCUUCCCAGGAUCCUCUUUCCACUCGGAAACGAGCCCUUUAUGGACGUCCAACAUGCUAUACCCACCAAUUUCUUUCUCGAAUUUGCCACUGCCGAGUGCGUAUACCAAUCUCGACUGCUUACAAGACCGUCUCCGAUUUAAUCCGCAACAUUUCUCCACGAAGUCGCUCCCGAUUCCGUCGACGUAUGCGGAAGCUGUGAACUGUGAGAUGGGGAUUGCUCAUAAUCAGCUCCCCUUCAAGGCAUGGUCCGGCUGAGUUAAGAUUGUUGCCAUCGGCAACAGAAUUCAACACAGUAUAUGAUUUUUCUACAAUUUUCCCACGGACCAUUCUCCGUCGAGGAGUCUUCAUAGUCUUUGACCAUUCCACCCAUCAUGUGUGGUCAAGUCCUAUGAGGACAAUUAUUUCGCCGUUAGCAACAGCAAGUUGAAGCUGGUUAACAACCCUUCCGCCGCGAGCACCAUUCUGUUUUUUUUUUUUUUUUUUUUUUUUUUUUGUUUCACUCAGACUUGGGGCAUAUCAUUACUAUACGAUACUUAGUUUCUUUAGUAGUUCCAGAAGAGUCUCCCGGGUCGAAUAUGAUGGAUGAUUCCCCACCUUCAGCUGCAACCAACUAUAGGUAGAGUAGGUAUUUUUUUUGCGUGGAAUAACCUUUAUCGUUCUGCCCACUACACUUUUUGCUACAAAUCCCGUAUGAUUUUUUUGAUGGGCUUCAACUUCCAAUAAAGCAGUGGAGACAAAUGUGUUUAUGCUUCAA